AUGAGUUACGGUGGAUAUGGCGGCGGUGGAGGCUACGGUGGAGGCUAUGGGGGUGGCGGGGGUGGGGGCUGGGGUGGCGGAAACGACGACCGCAUGGGAAACCUGGGUGGAAGUCUUCGCUCUAUCGACUGGUCUAACACCAAGGUCGAGCAUUUCGAAAAGAACUUUUACGUCGAAGACAAGAAAGUUAAGGAGCGCAGUGAAAAGGAAGUCGAAGAUUUCAGGAGAGCAAAAGAGAUCAAGAUUCAAGGGCGUGGAAUUCCUCGGCCAGUGACCACCUUCGAGGAGGCAGGCUUUCCCGAAUACCUGAUGACCUCCAUCCGUGCACAAGGCUUUGCAGGCCCAACACCGAUUCAAUGCCAAGCUUGGCCAAUGGCCCUGAGCGGCCGUGAUGUUGUUGCGAUUGCCCAGACUGGUAGCGGAAAGACUGUCGCAUUUGCUCUUCCUGCCAUGCUCCACAUCAAUGCCCAACCGCUUUUAGCUCCCGGAGAUGGCCCUAUUGCGCUUAUUCUUGCGCCUACCCGUGAAUUGGCCGUUCAGAUCCAACAAGAGUGCACCAAAUUUGGGUCGAAUUCCCGCAUUCGCAACACUGCCAUCUAUGGCGGCGCGCCGAAAGGCCCGCAAAUACGUGACCUCCAACGCGGUGUCGAAAUUGUUAUCGCUACUCCCGGUCGCUUGAUCGAUAUGCUCGAGACACAGAAGACAAAUCUUCGUCGAGUCACUUAUCUAGUCAUGGAUGAAGCUGACCGUAUGCUUGACAUGGGUUUCGAGCCACAGAUUCGUAAAAUUGUCAGUCAAAUCCGACCAGACCGACAGACUCUUAUGUUCAGUGCAACGUGGCCGAAAGACGUUCAAAAAUUGGCCAAUGAUUUCCUCAAAGACAUGAUUCAAGUCAACAUUGGUUCCAUGGAGCUCACCGCCAACCACAACAUCACUCAGAUCGUUGAAGUUUGCAGCGACUUUGAAAAACGGGGCAAGCUAGUCAAGCAUCUUGACCAAAUCGGUGCCGAAAACGCCAAAGUACUCAUCUUUGUCGGAACUAAGCGAGUUGCGGACGACAUAACGAAAUAUCUUCGUCAAGAUGGCUGGCCAGCACUUGCUAUACACGGAGACAAAGAACAACGUGAACGUGACUGGGUUUUGAGCGAGUUCAAAGCUAGCAGGUCCCCAAUUUUGAUUGCCACUGACGUCGCGUCUCGUGGUCUUGAUGUCAAGGACGUCCGCUAUGUCAUCAAUUAUGAUUUCCCCAAUAACUGUGAAGACUACAUUCAUCGGAUUGGUCGCACAGGGCGUGCUGGCAUGAAAGGCACUUCUUAUACUUACUUCACCACGGAAAAUGCCAAGGCUGCGCGCGAGCUGCUUUCUAUCCUGAGAGAUGCUAAAGCCACGAUCCCUCCUCAACUAGAGGAAAUGGCCAUGUACAGCGGAGGCGGGGGUGGUCGAGGUCGCUAUGGCGGUGGAGGGGGCCGACGUGGUGGCGGGGGCGGUGGCGGUGGGGGACGUUGGGGAGGGGGAGGAGGUUAUGGCUCCAGUGACAAUGGCUAUGGAGGACGACUCGCUGGAGGGGGCGGUGACCGUUGGUAA